AUGACCGCACUCCAAGUGCUCCAUUCAGGCAUACAGGCAAGCAUGAUCCUCACCACCCACCUCAUGGAGGAGGCCUCCUUCCUCUCUGACCGCAUCGCCGUCCUCGUCGCCGGCCGCCUCGUCGCCAUCCUCCAGCGCUUGCUCCCCUUGCACAGCUUGAUGAAGACGGAGCCGCCGCCCAUGCGCACGAUGUGCCGGUUGAGCACAUCGUCGUCGGAGUCGAAGAGGGGCUGCUCUAUGGGCCAUGGAGUUGCCGGGCACCUGCUUUUGCCGGGCACCUAA